AUGUGCAAUAGGUAGUGUGAGGAACGCGCGGUGUGACCUAACCCCGUGUUUGUAACGUUGAUCCUUUCCCACUGUCACUUUAAUGUCACUGCCACUAUGGAAGACGACUAUGUGGAGACCUCGGACCAAGAUGAACUAGAAGAAAGUCGAGGUCUGUUCUAUCAAAAUCGAGUUAGACCCCGACAGUCAGAGUCUUCAAGAGAAACAAAGAGAAGAAAGAUCUCUCAUGUAUACGAGAACGCCAGCAAGGGUUCAGCUCAAAGUCCACGACCAAGUCAAUCUAAUGACUCACCCGGGCCAGCGCGAGUACGAGACUCUGCCCCGGAUCCUUUGUUUUCUGAUUUCGAAUCUCAAUCCCCGGUAACAGACUUCACAGAGCCAUUGUCCGUGUUAUUUGAGCCAAUGGCUGAUUCGGGCGUAGAAACACCUCUAAGCUUUCCGCCUUCUGAGGAUGAGAAGGAGAAUGAUGACAGGAGGGAAAAUGAGGAUAUUGUGGCUGGAGUUGCUGGAGAUGACUUGGAAAUGUCGCAGGAUCCAUUGAAUUUACUGGAUCAUGACAGGGAACUUAAUCUGUCACCGCUUCCCCCGUCAUCAGCUCCUCGCAUUUUGCCUUCGCCGCAACAUUCUACUGUGGAAGAUGCUGGCGAUUUACUGCAUUUCCACGACGGCCGCGAGAUCUCGCCUGUGCCGGCUCAUUCACCUUCGCCUCCUCCAUUGGAUCGUGCGCCUUCACCGUUAUCUCCUCCCACUUUCCCUCCUUCAACUCAUUCCCCUUUAUUCUCCCCUCCGCCUCGACCCCAAAGCACAGAUGGUGACGCAGAACUUGCUCGUGUCCUUCACGACGAUGACGCUGUGGGUACCAACAAACGGAAUCUCAGAAAGCGCGGGGAACACCAACGACGUCCAUAUACAUUCGAUAAAAUACUGUACAUGCAACAAAUGAAGAACGUUCCAGAGGCGGUAGUCACAGCUCGAUAUCUUGAAAAGGAGAAACGAACAGACCGCGAACAAAGGCGCAGGGAUGGGUACUUGUCUGAAGAAGAAAGUCAAGAACAAGAAUAUCAGCCACCGUCUGACCCGGAGGAAGAGUCCCAAAUGCCACAGCCAAGAAUUCGGCAAAAAGGAGACAGCGUAACAACAGGCGUUGGCAAUGAGCUUCUUCCUUCCAUGUCAGAGAGUUCAGACGAGGAUAUGAGAGGUUUGAGAAAAGAAGCGAGACAGAUUGAGAAGCAGAAGAGGAGGAAGGAGAAGGAGGCAAAACGUGCGGAGAAGGAGAGGGAGAGGGAGGAGAAGCGCAUCGCUGCUGAAAAGGACAAGGGAAGUAGAACAAAGUCGUUUCCUGUCAGAGAUAAAGAACGAGAAGCGAGGAAAGAAAGGACUAAACCUGCUGGGAACCAGAGGAAUGCUACUCCCGGCCCUUCAGAUCGACAUGAUUGUACUCUGUCACCAGCGCCCGAACCUGGACCUUCUUCUGGAAUUCUUCAUAAACGAACGACGGGGCACAACGAGGAUGAUGCUGAUAUGGCUUUCUUCAACGAUUGGAAAUCGGAUUCUUCUUCCCAUAGCAACCCUCCACGCGUUGACCAGUUUGAUUAUGACGACAAUGUAGGCUCUGGUCCUGGAUCGGCAUCUCCUCCCCCACAUUUACUUAAUUCCCCCCCGCCGUCAAUGAUUUCUCGACCCCGUUCCCGAUCUCGUUUCACCUCUCAGACGACUGUGAAUUCUGGUCAUGUCGAUGAUUCGGACAAUGAUUCGUCCUCAGACUCAGGUGAUGCCAAGGAGAAUCGACAACUAAAGACGCUCGGAAGGCUGUAUCCUAGGUUCAUGCUUCCUGCGUUUGGUGUCAAUACCCGCGCUCGACUGUCGAGCCAGCCUAGGGAACAAGGGAAUCAACGACAGGCCUCUCUUCGUAUUUCUUCUGAUGAUGAAGAAGACAGUGAUAACCUACGACCGGGACUUGCAAGGGUGCGAGUCAGGAGAGGAAAUAUAAGGCCUAUCAAGGGCGAUACAGAAUCAGAAGAUGACGGCACAGAAAUGGCUCCUGCGACUUUCAAAUCUUCAUUCUUUCCAUCUUCACCACGCUCACCUUCGCCCUUUAACUCUCGUGGUCAGCGGAACAUUCUCCGACGACGUUCCGUUCAACCUCAGCCUCAACGACAAAAUAUUCAGGAGCAGGAAAUUAUCGAAAUAUCUUCAUCUUCAUCAGAGGACAGUUCUAGUGACGAAACUGAUGUCGAUGAUGAGGAAAUCGCAGAAUUUCUUCAGCGUAGCGCCAAUCCGGGUCGUUCCGCAGUCAAGCCUUCACGGAAAACAGUGCGGAACGAGCUGUUGAUUGAUUACAUGUUGGCAAGGAACGUGUAUAUCGGUGGUUCAUCUUCAUCGAGACGGAAACCAGGAAAAUCAAAGCAGUUGACUAAAGGGUCUGGUUCUAGUUCAGGGAUACGCUACAACACGAGCAGAACCAAAUCCAGUUCGAUAUCUGCUAAAACUCAGACAUCACUACUAAAAUCUUUUGACUCAAAUAAAUCUUCGGCCGGUACCGGAGGCUAUCGGCUCGAUGUUGUUAGACCUGGACAUGGAGGAGGAAGACAGAGUCUACUUUCAUUCAACAAUCAUCGUCAAGCCCGAGAAGCUAGUAGAUCUCGAGCCGCCGACGUCGACGGAUAUAGCCAGAGUGAUCGUCGAGACGAUGAAGAUGACGACGACGACGACGAAAGUCAAGAGGACGAAUCUUUACGAAUGGAAUCUGACGAAGAAAGAUCUCGAAAGAAAGGCAACAAAAAUCUCACUUGGAAACAGAAGCUAAAACAAAGGAAAGAAGCUGAACGGAUGCACGGUGUGUAUAUCCAUGUCGCCGAUGCCGGAACGCGACUUUUAGCCAACGCAGGUCAGUUUGGUGCUUCAGAGUCAGGUGGGAGUUACGCCGGAGGCACUAGAAGGAAGCGCCGGACUACGAGAGGGAAAGGGAAAAGGCCGAGGAAGGCGAAGGGGAAGGGGCUAUGGAAGGAUCUGAGCUUAAAUGCCGAGGAUGAAGAACUUCAUCGGGCCCUUGCGCCAUCAUCUUCCCAACAUCGGACUACACAUCCGGACUUAGCGUCGAAGCAGCAUUUACCCCAUCGUCGACUAGUCAAAAAGGAUGAUGCUGAAACCGGUGUUCUCGCAGAAAAUGAGCAAGAUGAAGGUUCAAAUUCUAUCAAAGUUGAUACGGAUUUUGGGCUUCUCACUUCUGGCCAAACCUUUGGGUUUAAUACCUACAUCAAGCGGGGGUUGUUAUAUGAAUUGCUACAGCUAAUACAUCCUACUCCCCCUUCACAAGCAGACUCCGCUCCUGCGUCCGCACCCGCCUCAUUAAUUCAGAACUCGAAACAUCCAUCAUAUAGAGCCCCCCACCUCUCUCUUGUCAUCUCGCUAUCCAACCCCUUGUCAGAUUUUCUCCGGGACUUACCCAUCCUCUGUCAAAGUUUAGGAGAUUUCAUCAUGGGUUUGCCGGAUGUGGAUGAAGAGGUGGUUGCACGAGAGUGGAGGUCCGUUAUGCGAGGAGCAGAAGAUGUACUUACGGGAUUUAUGAAAAGUGAAGGAGAUGAGGCGAAGAAAAAACUUCAGGAUAUCGUUGGAAAGACGAUCGGAUUAUUGAUCACCCAGAUGCACACGUCCGACUUCAUCAAAUCCACCAUUGACCUGAUGACGUUUGAUGUGUGUUGGUUCGUGAUCGAGAUGCUGCUCCGUGCAGGCUUCGGGUUAUCGUCGUCAAAGUUGCUCUCCGACGCCUGCAAGAUACUGGUGCAAUACUUGCUAGAAGUUGAUCCUGGACUCAGGGACGUUAUGACGCUGAUAAGAGACCAAAAUUCGGAGAAGAGGGAGUUCAAUGACUCAACCUCCAUCGUUCAGCGUGAAGCGGAGUUAUGGGUGUGCUUAAUUCAUGUCCUGAGGCCGGGUGCGCCGGAUGGACCGAGCUGCGAACACCCGCUGUGGGACAUUAUCAGAAAGGAGCUCGGACGUCGUUCCUCGGCUGCUGCGAAAUGGACCCUGCAAUCUAACGAAGUUAUCUGGCAAACCAUUGCCGGCGUGUGCGCUUUAUCCCAGUUUUCCGAACAUGGAUUGUGUAAGGACAAGCCCUCCAUAUCGGAAGGCUGGAAGAUUGUUUUCUUUGCCCUUAAGAGCGUGCAAUUGAAAGCCGAUUCGGCAAUUGACCAGCAGCUGAAUUCCGCUCCGCUCAGGAUGAAGGACCGAUACUUUGCGUUAAUUGUGCGACGUUGCUUCUUCCUUGUCAAUUGCUGGAAAUGGGCCAUCGAGUCUUCAUUUCCAGUUUUGAAUAUUUUCUCUGGUGCGUUUGGGACGCGGAAGUUCCGGAACUUACUACAUGAGAAGGCAGACUUCCCAGAGUUCUUGAGGACUCAGCGAUGGGGGUCAUGCUUUGAAUAUUCACGGAGAGAUUCUGCCUUCGUUCUUUUUGUGAAGCUUGUCGUUCAAAGGGGAAUCGCACUCAAACAGUCCGAGAGGCCGUCACCACACAGUCUGGAGAAAAAUCUAACGUUGAUCACACCUCUUAGCUCGGUUGAGAUGUUCUCAAAAGUUCAUCCUCCUCAGGGAAACGAGCUAUCAAUGCUCUAUAAUCGUAUGGCUGCAAUCGCAGUUCGCAUUCACUUGUCGCCUUCAGAUUAUUGUUCGCGGGUCCAACAGGCCAGGCAGUACUUCAACUUUCGAACAUCCGAUGAUACUUCUAGGAUGGCUUGCAUACGAAGCUUGAUGUAUGUUACCCAGAUGAUGAUAUUAGAAAAAUUGCCGUUGGAGCAGACAGAGGUGAAUGCAUGGUACAUAGAAAUCGUUGAGGUGUUGAUCAAAGAGUACAAAGAAUUGUCUGGAAAGGAGGAAAAGUCAUUGAACCGAGUCAGGUUCUUGCUCAAUGCGGUAUUGGGAUCUCUGAGGCAUAUCCUGAAUGCAUACAACGACCCCGAGAUGGAAGCACAGUAUCCUGACUUGUCUCUAUUUGAUGUGGUACAAAAAAUCGGGAGAGAAGCGGUCGUUACAGACAAUACCCAGACUGCAAGAGAAUUCGCAGCGGUUAUUCGUACCUUCCUUUCGCUGAGGGAUAAAGUAGUGUCUCCUCCUGAACGUCCUCCCAUAGAACCGCUGCUAGACAAUGGUGUAGAGUCGAAUGACAAUCAGGAAAGCCAGGAAUAUGGCGAGGUGGAUAUUGAUAUGAAUGAUCCCGCACUCGAUGAGCUUCUAGGCGGCAAUGCAAUUUCGAAUGCCUCUAACAGAUUACAUCAAGACAUCGAAGUCAAGGAUCGCGUCGUUGGCAAGAGCCUGAACUCUCUGACAUGGCUUAUCUAUCGUUGUUUGAAAAACAUGUUCGAGGGAUACCCCGAAGGUCGAAGCCCUUCACCUCAGGUUAUGGAGAACGUCGAUGGUUGGAUCGAUACAUGGAUACAAUGUGCCAGCAUUGCCAUAAUACAUAGUCAAAGCAUGACAUGGUUUUCACUUUGUCUAGACGUUCGAAAAACUUGGACGGCAAUUGGCGAUGUCCAUUGGCGACGGCGGAUCGAUAUUAGAGUUGCAUUGAACAUACUGAGGAGAGCGCCCAUGUCGUAUGCAGACAGUAAACUCAAGGACUAUUUCAUCGAGACACUCUUUAAUUGUCUCAUUCCAGUCAAAGUCACAGUUGAACAUGACUUCCUGUCUUGCAUUUUCUCUAUCGAUGGACUGCGCCAUCCACUGUUGAGAAAUCUGCCGGUCACACUUCCUCCGUAUCCGAAGAUCCUCGCCUUAUCGAAGAACGACUUUACGACAUCACGAGACAAGUUCUUGAGAGGUAUUCUGGAUAAUAUUGAACAAUCUUUACACGACGAAGAGAAUGAGAGUGGAAAUCGCAUUGUACUCGGUGAAAACGUCACAAAUAAAAAAUAUGGUGACUUCCUGGCAAAGUUUUUCUACAGCCUGAAAGAGAUGUAUUCAAGUAUGCCAGAGGGAUCGAAUGAAUGUCAAGAUUACAAGAUCAAGUGCAAGGACUUAUGUACGAUGACCUUUGAGGAUCAUCCGCGGAUUGGAACAUGGAGAAGGAUGGCUACAUGGGACGUUUGGUGGAAAGGAUUGAAUUAAUGUGUGGGUGUGACCUGUUCAAUCGAUGAAACCCUGUGGAUUGCAUCAAAACAUGGGUGAUUUCUUGGUUCCAGAACAACCAGAUGUUACACUUCGCUUGUACGCGAAGGAUAUCGAUGGUGUGGUAUGAACGAGGCCGGGCUUCAACAAAAUUCCGCAAAGCC